AUGUAUUACGCAUUUCAGCGGGAAGUUCUGGUCUACGAAGUUAUAAACGUGGCCAAAAGGGAAGAUCCUCGCUCGGCUGACCAUAUAUUGCAUAUGGUUGACAAGGGAUAUAAUCAAUACUUCAAAUACAUUAUUAUGCCGUAUACAGGCAAAUCUCUAGAUUACAUAAAGGAGACUGUUAUGAAAAGCGAAUUUGCCCAGGCCCACUACAGCGAUCAGAUCGCUGUCAAAACAUCAUUGCCUUUGAAAAAUCUACACGAGUUAGGCUAUAUUCAUCGAGAUGUAAAGCCGGACAACUUCGUCGUCGGCAGGUCAGAGACAACCUUCAUUCAGUUGCUUCUAACGACAAGGUAUACGCAAAAAAAUAGGGUUCAUCGAGCUAUUCGGUACCAACUACUUGCCUUGGGCUCAAAUUGA